UUAAGUAUCGGCCAUCCCUUUCAGGGACAGUAGCGUCGUGAGUGCAAAUUCUUCUGCCUCUCCCCAAUCCGAUAAGUGAACGCCCAUUUCCCUCUCAGAUUUCCUUUCCCUCAGAAAACCCAUCUCCCCAUAUCAUACGAUUUCUUUGUAAACUUUCAGAAUCCACACGCCACAAACUCAAAAGCCUCAAACCUUUUUCCAACCCAGAGAAGGAAACAACAAAAAGCAACAACUUUUUUUUUUUUUUUGGAGGACUUGGGUCAAUCGUAAAAUUGAUUGGCAGCCACGAAUUCUGGGCUGGGAGGAGAAUCAAAAGCCUCGACCUUGGAGUUGGAAAGCGAUUCGGGAAGUCACUAGCUGCAGUUGAAGAUUGUGGAUGGAAUUGAAUCAAUUACUUGGUUUCGUAUGCCAGUGAGUUCAACCUGUGUGGUUCCUAUUGCAAUGACAUUGCCGUUUUGAUCAAUAUUGAGGGAUUUCGGUGAGGAUUGCCCUUCUCAAUCAUGGAUGGUCCAAGGAAUGGUGAAGUUGAGAAUCAUGACCUCCAGAUUAUCCGGUACUCUCCUUACCAGCCCUGGAGUAAUUUGUCUUCAUCUUGGUUUGAUUUAAGAGUCUUCUAUGUGAGGAUCAGCAACUUUAAGGUGGAUGAUUCGACCCCAAAGUUUCUGACUCUCCAUCAUAUUCCUGUAAGCCCGGAUACCCUUUUGGAAGUAAAUGGUGCGAAAACUAGCAUUCACUCUGAAGGUGUUUCUUCACAUCUUAGAAGGGAUCGGGUAGAUAAGAAAUCUGAAGAGGCCACAUUUGUGAAUACAGACAGCAUAAGGUUGACGGGGAGUGCAAGAUUUGAGGUGUAUGACAAAGAAGAUCUCAUCCUAUCUGGGGUGUUAGAGAUGUCUAAUAGCAACGGUUUCGUUGGGGAAUCAAAAAACAAUGCCAAGCGAUGGAGCAUGAAUUGUGAAUCAGAUAUCAGUGCUUGUACUGGAUUUUUGAAAGGGAAACAUCUUGGUGGCGCUGAAUUACCUGCACCAACCAUUGAAGUCUACAUCACAGGGUGCUUCUCCGGCACACCGAUCAUCUUAACCAAGACCCUGCAGCUUCAUUUUAGAAAGAAACACAAUAAGAAGAGCAUGUUGGAUGCUAUACCUGAAUACGAGACAACUGAAUGCCAGAAAGAUGUCUUGCCCGGAGUUGAUAUGGAGGUAGCAGAAUACAGAAACUACAAGCCGGAGAACGAGGAAGAGUACAACAAUAUGUACUGGAGGAGGACGGAAUAUAUGGAUGGUGAAGACGGAGAACUCUCAUGGUUCAAUGCUGGUGUUAGAGUUGGCGUGGGUAUCGGACUGGGCGUUUGUCUUGGAGUUGGUAUAGGGGUUGGGUUGCUGGUUCGUACUUACCAAACGACCACACGAACUUUCAAGAGGCGCAUGUUGUGAUUCUUUCAAUCCGGACGUCAAUGUGUUCUGUGUGCUCAAUUUCGAGAGGCAGCUAUUCGUCUACGUUCGACGUGCAUCUGGAACUACAGAUUUUGACUUAGUACUGUUUGUGUAGCUGACGGUUUAUGUGUUUCAUAUUCUUCUUUGUGUUUUCUCCAUUGGUGAGAGGUUUGUUUAGAAGAAGGGUAUGAUAGAAAGGGAUAAAGAGUCUUUGAUUUGGACAAAAGUUUAUAAAUGGUAAAAGAUUGUAUUUCGAGCCCCAAAAAAAGAUUGUAUUUCGUGUCGAUAACGAAUCGAGACCUCUUUCUGGAUCUCGGAGUUUAGAGUCGACGGAUCGAAACAUUCGGACGGUCUCAUUUUAAAUUAUACAGUCCUCAUUAGGCGAUUUCAUUGA